GAGAGCGUAGUUCUGCUAGACGUGAUAAACUAAUUCCCCACCUCUGAAACUCCCUGCCAACCACUCCCCAGAAGUUAAUAUUUCCUAAAGCUUCCAUAAAAACAAGCAGAGUCAAUUUGCUCCAAGUCCAGAGAGCUCUGGAUUCUGAAUGUGACGGCUUCCCUCUGGUUCUAUGAAGAAAUUGCAAGCCACCAGACGGUGUCACCGGAAAACAGAUCUUUGCUUAAGAAAAACCUCGGACGAAGGUUGCUCCAGGAUCCGACUUGGUCCAACCAUGAUCUUCCUGCUGCUUCUCACGCCCAGCUUGGUCCUUUGCGACGCCAAUGCCACCGUCGCCUGGGAAGAGGCACCGUCUACCACCAGCCCCAUGGUAGACAUGCAGAAGAAAAUCAACGAUCUGUGGUUGAGUUUGCUGUACCCGCAACUCUACGACGAUAUCCUCAAAGCCAACCGGACAGCUUACGCUUGCUGUGUUGCCCAACCCAGUAGCAAGUUAGAGGAGGGUAAACCACGAGUGACGGGCCUGGUUUUGUUCAAGCAGUUGUACCCCCAUGGAAAGCUGGCGGCCCUUUUCAACUUGACGGGCUUUCCCACGGAAGCGAACACCUCGGCGAGGGCCAUCCACAUUCAUCAAUACGGCGACCUGAGCGAUGGCUGCGAUUCUGCUGGAGGGCACUAUAACCCUUGGAAAGUCAACCACCCCCAUCAUCCUGGGGAUUUUGGGAACUUUAACCCUAACGGGGGCAACGUUCAGAAAUUGAAAUCGAACCUCAAAGCUACCCUUGGACCCCAGACCAUUCUCGGCCGGUCGGUGGUGAUCCACGAGAAGGAGGAUGACCUGGGAAAGGGCAAGAACGAAGCUAGUUUGGCUCAUGGGAAUUCUGGCCCACGCCUGGCGUGUUGCGUCAUCGGCACGUGUAAGCAGGAGCUGUGGGACAAGCUCUUCCCCAAGGUUCCAGCCAAAAGGAAGAAAAGGGUGACAAAAGCCGGCUUGGCUUGAGGGUUGGCUGACAUCCCGAAUGGCCGAUCGACUGAGUUUGGAUCCGUUAAGCGGGUUGCAACGGAAGUUUCCCUUCUGUAAAUGUUAAAAUAGGCUUUAGUGAAUUCUUCUCUCUAGAAGCAGAUCAAUAAUAAAGAAAAACAGGACCAGC